AUGGGCCAGCCAUCGGCGAAUAUGCAAGGGACUAUGACAUCAGUCUACAACUUGGGCUGUUUUGCUGGUGCUAUGUCUACUGUCUGGACUGGAGAUCUCUUCGGGCGUCCCCGCCAGAUCCUGAUUGGCAGCACCAUAAUCGCAAUUGGCGGCAGUAUCCAAGCUGCCUUCGGAAAAGACAAGGAAGUCCUUGAAGUAAUAGCCGUGCUGGAAGGAAAUAAUUCCACUCCCAAGUCGCCUUCUGUGAAAACCCAGUUCAAUGUCAUUAAAGACAUAUUGGAUCGGGAAAAUAUGAAUUCAUAUACGUGGAUUCAGCUUUUGUCGGGAAGAGGGCCCGCGGGUGUCCUCCGUCGAAUGGUUCUGGGUGCCUGGAUGCAAGCCAUGAAUCAAAUCUCUGGAAUUAAUGUCACAUCCUACUACAUGUCCUACAUCUUUAUAAACGCACUGAACAUUAGCGAGCUACUUUCCCGUAUCCUCGCUGCGGCCGGCAGUAUCGAUUACCUUGUCUUCUCCUGCCUCGCCUACUCUGUGAUAGAGCGAUACGGGCGGCGAAAAGCAAUGAUGUCAUCUGCACUCGCGUGCUCUACAUGCUGGGUCGUGAUAACUAUCGCAAUGUCAAUUUCUGAUAGGGCCAUGGGAGACGAGUAUAAAUUUGCGUUCUUCGCGAGUUUCGUGAUGGGGGUGUUGGGUGUGCCGUGGCUAUAUCCAACAGAAAUUAAUGCGCUUGGAAUGAGGACUAAGGGUGCGUCUUUCGCCAUGGUGACGAAUUGGAUUAUGAACUACAUGGUCGUACAAGUGACUCCGCCUGGUAUUGUAAACCUGGGCUGGAGAUUCUGGAUCAUCUGGGCAGUUAUUUGUUUCUCGUUUAUUUCAAUCACGUACGUUUUCUACCUGGAGACGGCAAAUCGAACACUGGAGGAUAUUGAUCGCUUCUUCUCCGAGAAGCCGGGGAUUAUGGUUGCUCGAAAUAAGACCGCGACCCAACUCCAUAGACCGGAGGAAUAUAUAUUUAUGGACGAAGAAAUAGCGAAGCGGGAGCAAUGCGUUUUGCCUGUCGAGAGUGAAGAGCAUAUCUAG